GUUCUACUAUGCAUAGACUAUAUUUUACACUAUACUCAUUUAUAUUCUUGUUUGACUAUGUAGCUAUGAAUGAUUUUGCAAGAAAUACACAAAGGUUGAAGCAAAACGCAAGAGCAUCAAUUGACGAGUUCACCGCUCUCAUGGCAACAAGAUUGAUCCCAACUCGAAUUCUGCAUGGGGAUGCCUGAACAGUGGAUUAGCCACAAAGCUACAUCCUACCCAGACCCGCUGGUGCCCGGCUUAUUGGUCGCUGUUUGAUAUUCAUUACAGCACAGAAUACUAAAAAAUGUCCGGAACUCGGAAGAGAGGAUGACGAGAAGAUACAAAAAUUUACAGGAUUAUUAAUAUUUGAGAGGAAAAGUUUGUAGAAAGAGACCGUCCAGUUUAU